AUGAUCUCAAUCACCUUGUUGACCCUGGGCCUCGCGGCUUAUGCCACUGCUCAUGGAGACCAUGACUCCCAAAAGAGCAUUUCUGGUCCUCACCAGUCUCUGUGGUACAACCGCUUGCCUGGCGAUGGUGGUACCCAGGCCGACUCUGUAUUCUCCGGUAUCACCACGUUUGGCAGAUUGCCAUACAAGGCUUGCUUGAGCGAACCCGGUGUACAAUACGAUAUUGCCUUCCUGGGUGCCCCAUUUGAUACUGGUACCUCGUACCGCCCUGGCGCUCGGUUCGGUCCCUCUGGCAUCAGACAGGGAUCUCGACGACUGAAUCUAUAUGGCGGGUACAAUGUGCCGUUGGCCACCAACCCCUUCAACAGCUGGGCCACCGUGCUCGACUGUGGAGAUGUGCCAGUCACCUCAUACGACAACACCUACGCCCUCCGCCAGAUCGAGGAGGGUCACUACAACCUUCUCUCCCGCGCCCCGUCCACUGACGCCAGGAAGAGGGGCCCGGCCAAGCACGAGCGCACCCUGCCCCGUGUGAUCACACUUGGCGGCGACCACACCAUCACACUGCCCCUGCUGAGGUCAAUCAACCGUGCCUACGGACCGGUAUCAGUCAUCCACUUUGACAGCCACUUGGACACAUGGAAGCCCAAGGUCUUUGGCGGCUCGCCCUCCGAGGUCGCCUCGAUCAACCACGGCACCUACUUCUACCAUGCUGCCCAGGAGGGUCUGCUCCGCAACGACUCCAACAUCCACGCUGGUAUCCGCACCACCCUCUCUGGCCCCAGUGACUACGACAACGACGGCUACUGCGGCUUUGAGAUUGUGGAGGCGCGGGAGAUCGACACCAUCGGUACCGAUGGCAUCAUCAAGAAGAUCAUCGACAGGGUUGGUACCAAGAACCCGGUCUACCUGUCCCUCGACAUCGAUACCCUUGACCCUGCUUUCGCUCCCGCAACUGGCACCCCUGAGACUGGCGGCUGGUCUACUCGUGAGCUCCGCACCAUCCUCCGGGGUCUCGAGAGCCUGAACCUCAUUGGCGCUGAUAUUGUCGAGGUUGCUCCCGCCUAUGACACCAAUGCAGAGCACACGACCAUGGCAGCGGCGGACGCUCUCUACGAGAUCAUGAGUAUCAUGGUCAAGAAGGGGCCGCUAAGUGCUAUGGUGGAGCAAUUGCCUGGAACCAACGAGCUCUGA